AUGGACUUCCUUCUGAGCGGGGUGGCUGCCUGCGGGGCGUGCAUGUUCACCAACCCGCUGGAGGUGGUGAAGACCCGGAUGCAGCUGCAGGGUGAACUCCGGGCUCCCGGCACCUACACCCGCCACUACCGCAACGUCUUCCACGCCUUCUAUACCAUCGGACGGGUGGACGGCUUGGCGGCCCUCCAGCGGGGCCUGCUGCCCGCCCUGGUGUACCAGUUCAGCAUGAACGGCAUCCGCCUGGGCUCCUACGGCAUCGCCGAGUCGGCCGGCUACACUCGCACCCCCGAGGGGCACGUCAGCCCGCUGCGCAGCACGUUGGCGGGGGCGUUAGCGGGGGUGAUGGGGGCCGUCACCAGCAGUCCGAUCUACCUGGUCAAGACCCACAUCCAGGCACAGUCAGCUGCUGAGAUUGCCGUCGGGCAUCAGUACCAGCACCAGGGGAUGUUCCAGGCUCUGGUGAUGAUCCACAGAGAACACGGCCUGGCGGGGCUCUGGCGGGGGGCCCUCUCCGCCGUCCCCCGAGUCAUGGUGGGAUCUGCCACGCAGCUGACUACUUUCACCUCUUCCAAGGAGUUCAUCGGGAAGCUUGGGAUCUUUCCUGAAGGCAGCUGGCUGGUUGCCCUGAGCGCCGGGAUGACCAGCAGCUGCACCAUAGCGAUCGCCAUGACGCCCUUUGAUGUGGCCAGCACCCGUCUCUACAACCAACCUGUGGGGCCCGAGGGUCAGGGCUUGAUGUAUAAGGGUCUUCUCGACUGCCUCGCUAAAAUAAUCCGCAAGGAGGGCUUCCUGGGGAUCUACAAGGGACUGGGGGCCUCCUACUUUCGGAUCGGGCCCCACACCAUCCUCAGCCUGCUCUUCUGGGACCAGCUGCGCAGCGCUUACGCCGGCUGGACGGGCCAGCGGUGA